AUUUUGCAUUUUGGGGGAAAAAAAAAAAAGAAAACCAUAUCUUCUUUCCUAGGAAGAGUAGUCUGAACCAAAAUUAAUGAACCAUACUUAGCUACUUCAUCUAUCCACCCAUUCCCUUCAUUCAUAAAAUAAUAUAGUUACUUAUCCGACAGACAACAUUAAUCCGACAGAAUGAAGGCUUUCAGUCUCUUCGGAAUGUCCGACACCCUCUCACUUUUCGGUGCAGCCUCUUCCUCCAUCUCCUCCCACCGGACGCAACUUUCUUUUCCACAAAGGCUCUUCUUCUGCCGUGCAGAGAUAGAUGGGUCCGUGAGCUUGGUAAAUGUGCCUCCAAACCUACUAUUAGCAGAAAGAGAAGAAGCCAAGGCUGUGUUGCACAUGUUUUUGACAAGCCAGGGCUUAAACCGGUUAAAUGCAUCCAGAAAGAUGAAAAAGUUGGACCUAUUCGUCGAUCACCUUUUGUUAAGGCUUCACACAGUUUACAAAACCCGAUAUCUAGUAGGACGAGAGCUCACAACUCCUGAAAUCAGAGAUGCUCUCAUUCCAUACCUAAAUGAACUUGUUGAUGAGCAUGGGGAUGAUUUUGUGGAAGUGCUAGAAUACUUUCCAAUCCCACUAGUCAAAGAGAAAUCAGAGGAAAUUGUGCAAAAACCGCCUUCUAAUGAAACUGAAAGUUCAACUGUUCCUGAUUCUUCCCUUGAAUCCACCACAAACCUUAAAAAGCAGACACGAGCGAAUAACAUUGGUGAAACACCAAAUCUCCCUCCACAUGUGGUCUAUCUUGAAGAACUUGGAAUGGAGCGUGAGGUGAUUAAGGAGGUAAUUCGAAAAUUCCCUGCUUUUGCUUAUUACAGCUUGGAAGGGAAAAUAAAACCAGUGGUCGAGUUUCUUCUUGACCUUGGUAUAUCAAAGUCGGAUAUUCCUGUGAUUAUCAGUAAACGACCUCAGUUAUGUGGUAUUAGUCUAACCGAAAAUCUAAUCCCAACCAUGGCAUUUCUAGAAGAUUUAGGGGUGGACAAGAAAAAAUGGGCAAAAGUUAUCUACCGAUUUCCUGCCCUUCUCACUUAUAGCAGAUCAAAGUUACAAUCAACAGUGGAUUAUUUUUACGAAAUCGGGCUUUCUUCUCAAGAUGUGGGUAAAGUUUUAACGCGCUACCCAUCCAUCAUAAGUUACAGUGUGGAGGAGAAGCUACGGCCCACAGCCGAGUAUAUUCAGUCAAUAGGAGUUAAUCCCGCGGUGCUAAUGUCUCGCUGUCCACAAGCUUUUGGUCUUAGCAUUGAGGCAAGUUUGAAGCCUGUGACCGAGUUUUUCUUGCAAAAAGGAUACCAUAUUGCCGAUUUUGCUUUAAUGGCUUCCAGAUAUGGAGCUCUUUAUACUUUUAGUGUGGAAGAUAAUUUGUUACCAAAAUGGGAAUACUUUUUAACCAUGGACUACCCAAAAACUGAACUGGUUAAGUUUCCUCAGUAUUUUGGGUACAGUUUGGAGGAGAGAAUUAAACCGAGGCAUGAAAUUGUUAAAGAGAGUGCAGUCAGGUUGCUUUUGAACCAGGUGUUGUCUCUAUCUGAUGAAGACUUUUACAAACUUCUAAAGCGAAAAGUGAAGAAAAAGAAUGCUUGUGCUUGAUUUGUAGAAUCCCAGAUGCAAUAAUAACAUGAUGAUCCAGUAUGCUUGUAAUAGAAUACCUUUAGUACAGAUAUCAAAGCUGAUGAAUGUUGUAGCUACUGGGCAAUUUCAUUAUACUGUGAUUUUGAAACAAUAUUGAAGAUGUUAGAGUACAAGUACUUUUGAGCUUGAAUCAA